AUGCAUGGAUCGUCGUCCUCAAACCAGCGCCGCCGCCAUACAGGGGCCAAAGCAAAUAGGUACAACUAUGCCGUCGCCUUCUUUGUCGCGCUCGGCUCCUUCACCUACGGCUUCAACUCGUCCGUCAUCGGCGCCGUGCUGGGCCAGCCCUCGUUCUACAACUACUUCGGCUUCGAAGCCACGAGCUCGCUGGGAGGCUCCAUUACCGGUGCCACCAACGGCCUCUACGCCGGCGCUGGAGUGAUCGGCUGCCUGACUGUGUUCAACCUUCUCGACGCUCUCGGACGCAAGCGUGCCAUCCAGGUGGCGGCCAUCGGGUGUCUGAUCACAGGCGCCCUGCAAGCCGGUUCAGUGCAUAUUGCCAUGUACCUGGUGGGUCGCUUCUUCAACGGACUGACCGUCGGCUGGAUCAACUGCUGCGUGCCCGUCUACAUUUCUGAGAUCUCGCCCGCUGGUGAGCGUGGUCGGAUUGUCGGCGCGCACGGGUUCAUUAUCUGUGUAGGCUAUGGACUUUCCGGCUGGUGCGGUCUCGGGACCUUCUAUGAGUCCAAUGGAACCAUCCAAUGGCGACUUCUGCUCGCGUUGCAAUGUGUCGCGCCUUUGUUAUUGACGCUGGGCAGCCCUUGGAUCCCCGAAUCGCCCAGAUAUCUGAUCAACAAGGGCAGGGACAAUGAAGGUCUCCAAGUGAUUGAAAAGCUGCAUGCCAACGGGAGCGACGGGCCCAACAUCGGCGCGCGCGAAGAAUUCAUCCAAAUCCAAACCCAGCUGGCGCUGGAUCGCAUGCAAAACGUCAACAGCUGGUGGCAAAUCAUGAAGGUGCCGACAUAUCGCAAGCGCAUAUUCUACGGCUUCUGGCUGCAGUGUACCACGCAGAGCACCGGUGUUUUGGUGCUGACCAACUAUAUGGGCUUCUGUGUCGACCAGAUCAUCGAACUCCAAGUGCUGGGCAUCACCGGCGCCAAAGCUUUGAUCUUGCUGGCCUCGUACAACACGCUAGCAGCCAUCACGAACGGCAUCAAUUCGUUGAUCGUCGACCGUGUCGGGAGGAUCAAGAUGCUCGUGACAUGCUUGAUUGCGUGCACCAUCUCCCUCAUCCUGGUGACUGCUCUCGUCGCGCAGUAUGGCGGAUAUGAAAACACCAACAAGACGGGCUCGGCCAUGAUUCUCCUGUUCAUGUUCUGCUUUGCCACCUUCUACGGCGGCGGCCUCGACGUCAGCGCCUACGUCUACUGCUCCGAGAUCUUCCCUACAAACAUCCGCGCCCGAGGCGUGGGCCUGUCGGUCGCCGGUCUGUUCCUGAUGACCACCAUCUAUACCUCGGCGGCGGGCACCGCGUUCAACCAUAUUGGCUGGAGAUACUAUAUUGUCUUCAUCGUCAUCACGUCUUGCAUGCUCCCCUUGAUCAUUUUCAAGUUUCCCGAGACCAAGGGCUUGAGUCUGGAGGAGAUUGGCGCGCUGUUCGGCGACGAGGUCGCUCUCGACAUCUCGCACCUGUCUGACGAGGACCGCCGAGCCCUGGACGCGCGCCUCGCUCGCACCCUUGACAUUGAGCACUUCGAUACUGCCGUCAAGGGUCCCAGCACCCAGGAGAUUGAGGAGAAGGGCGCAUCGAUUGACUGA